AUUUUAAAACGCGCCGAGCGAUUAGCGCGCAUGCGCGAAGCGUUUUACCUACGGCCUCGCGUUACCGCUCGGCCAAUGGACAGCCACGUAGCGGCUCGGGGACGUGUCGCCAGUCCGUUGCCGGCCCUCGCCACACGCGCACACGCAUCACCCGAGCUCCGUCGCGAUACCGUUUUUAGUCCCUAAAUGUAUUUGCGUUUAUAUUGUGUAGCUGUGUAUAUUAUUGAUUAUGUGUCAAAUAAUAAUAAAUUCUUAGUCGUCAAUCACGCGCGCUUUUCCAAUUCGAUUCGCCCCGAACCCACAACGAAAAGUUGUUAUAAAACUGGCUGCCCAACGAGAAGGCCGAAUAAGUUUUGUGAAUAAGUGCUAACUAAUUGUUACGUGAUCGUUCCAAAAUGCCACGUACGGCACGGAACAAACGACGUCAAACCGAGUACUUCGACUUGGAACAAGAAGAAAUGGCGACGCCAAGGUUAACGGAGCGGCGCCGCGUGUCCGUGACUGAAGGUUCGGCGUGCAUCACGGCGAGCGAUAUCGCCUCUAUGAUGACAUUCUUGCAGCAAGCGCAAGCGGAACAUUUCGAACGCCUGCUUGAUAAAGUUCUAGAUGCCCGUCAGCCAUCUUGUUCGCCCGCGCGUGUUUCACCCGCGCCGGCCAUACCUACGUCCUCUGCUCAACCUGCACCAGGCAACUUCGCAACGUGUAAGGCUCGUUACAGCGGAGCGACAUCGGAGUCACUCGAUGGUUUUAUUGAUGCAGUGGAAGCGUUUAAAGACUGUGCCAACGUUAGCGACACUAACGCUCUACGUGGGCUAUCAAUGCUGCUUACUCACGAAGCAGCCACGUGGUGGCAAGGAGUAAAACAGACCAUCACCACUUGGGAUAGCGCACUUCAAUGCUUGCGCAGCGCUUUCGGAGAUAGCCGACCGCCACAUCGUAUAUACGUGGAACUCUUCUCCAACCCACAAGGGCUUCAAGAGAAAACAGAGAUUUUUGUGGCUAAAGCGCGCGCCCAUUUAGCACGUCUACCCAGCGGGGACCUCACUGAAAAAGUCCAGUUGGAUAUGAUCUACGGACUCCUUAAUUAUAACAUACGUAAACGACUUCGAAGAGAAGAGUUCUCUAAUUUUAAUGACUUCCUUCACAAAGCUCGAAGCAUCGAGGAAGCCACAGCGGAUUCACAAAAGGCGCGCGCCGACACUUCAAAGAAUGCCGCCGCUGUUACGCGCGCCGACACCUCAAAGGGUGCCGCCGUUGUUACGCGCGCCCGCGCUAUAUCGCCGACGCCUGCGACGACCGCGACGAUGCGGCCGUCAACGCAACGAGCUUCUUACAACCGUCAGUCUUCGACAGCAGAGGGUUCUUCGCGUCAUCAUAUACCAAGCAUCGACUCCAACGCUACUCCGAUUAGGAAAGCGUCGUAUUGUGUUUAUUGUAAAAACUAUAGACAUACACGUUAACAGUGUCGUAAAUUAUUACAAAGUGUAGGUCGUGCUCGUGAUAGUAAUAUAAACAAUAAGAAUAAUAAUAUUAUAUCGUGUUAUGGAUGCGGCGAGAGCGGAGUGAUGCGUCCUAAUCGUUCUAAGUGUAAUUCAAAUUUUAGCGCGACUGAUUUUAUUCCGAUGUCGAGCUCAAAAUCGCGAAAAUAUCCGACCCCUCCUGCAACGGCUGCUGGUAAGGCGUCCGCGCACGUAAGUAAUUUUGAUACCUAUCCUAUGGUUUGUACUGGGGUUGUACCUGACUCGUGUUCUCGUAAUUGUAGUGUUAACUUUGCAAGUUCAAACUGUGCUAAUGUAAACACAGGACUCACCACUACAGAACCUAGUCUUAUUAAUAGUUCGUAUAAUAACGAAAGUAUAUUCCCCGAUAGUAAUUUUGUUUGUAAACGUAAUAUGAAUGUUCCCUAUAAACAAGUUAAGCAUAAAAGUAUUAUGAAUGUGCCAUCUCGUCCUGUAAUUCAGGGGGAGUCUUUUAAUCGCACUCGUGUACCUAGUAAAUGUGAGUUAUUGCUUCCUAGGGAACCUAACUAUAAUAAGUGUAUCGUAAAUAAUGGUUUGCAUAAGUAUUGUGAUUUACCUAUAUUGCAUAGUAGACAUCGCGUUAUCAACAAUGUUAGGUCUCAACAGUGUCCAUCACAAAGUAGGGUGACCAUGAAUUUUCCGGGACAAAUUCCGAAAAUGGGCUCACAAAGUAGGGUGACCAUGAAUUUUUCGGGACAAAUUUCGAAAACCGGUUUACUGAACAGGGUCACUAAGAAUUUACCAGGAAACAAUCUGAAAAUGAAUAAUUUAAGUGGUCCGGCUUCGAAACGCAAUAAUGAGAGGUUCGUUACCUUCUCAUCAGUUAACUCUUGCCAUGAAGGAACAUUUCGGCGACCCAUUUUAGGUAUCGAG